UACGUCACGUGUAGUUUAUUGACAACUCCUUGGCGUAUUCUGCUGGCCCACUGUGUAGGCUGUUCUAUCAAUUGUAAAAGCCGGUAGUCAGAACAGAGCCAAUAGUGGGCUUGCACACUAUUUCCCUCUUUGAACAAGCAUUCCGUGAUUCGCCGCCGUGUACCGAAAGCCAACCACAGCCAAUCACUUCUAAAGUAUCUGAGACACCCCAAAGUCUCAACGGCUUACUUCAAUCUUAUUGGAUGUGCCAAUGCUGCAUCUAUGGAGCUGCAAACAUCAGUUAUGAACUUUGACCCAUCUAAUCAAGCUAUGGGUCAGUAUGUUCAAGCCCAGAAUGCAAUGCAAAAUUUUCAAAUUCCCCUUCAGCAGCUGCAAGGUCAAGGUCAGAUCCAGCUGCAGGGUCAACUACCACUACUACAACUUGGUCAGAACGGACAAUUUCUUCUCAACCAGCAGCAACUUCUGCAGCAGUUGAGCCAAGGUCAGGCCAUUCAACUUCCAGGGCAACAAGGACAAUCUAUUCAGUUGCCUCAAAACUUGCAACAUUUACAAUUACAUAACCAGCAAGGUCAGCCAAUUCAAAUUCAAAGUCAAAAUGGUCAGACAAUACAAUUGCAAGGACAAAAUGGUCAGACAAUACAAUUGCAAGGACAAAAUGGUCAGACAAUACAAUUGCAAGGACAAAAUGGUCAGACAAUACAAUUGCAAGGACAAAAUGGUCAGACAAUACAAUUGCAAGGACAAAAUGGCCAGACAAUACAAUUGCAAGGACAAAAUGGUCAGACAAUACAAUUGCAAGGACAAAAUGGUCAGACAAUACAAUUGCAAGGACAAAAUGGUCAACAAAUCCAGUUGCAAACCCAGGGUGGACAAGCUAUUCAGUUACAUCAUCAAAAUGGCCAGCCAAUCCACAUUCAAGGGCAGCACUCACAGCAUUUGCAGGGUCAAGGUCAAAGUGGUCAACAAAUUCAACUUCAGGGGCAAAAUGGUCAACCUAUUCAAAUUCAAACGCAAAAUGGUCAAACCAUACAGCUUCCUGGGUCCAGCAGCCAAAUAAUGCAACUGCCCAAUGGCCAACAGAUCCAGAUUCAGGGUCAUCAAGGCCUUCAUGUACAGAACCAAGCGCAGUCUUUUCAGUUGCCCAACCAGUUGAGUCAGAUGCUCCAGCUCCAGGGCCAGCAGCUCCAGGGCUUCCAGCUUCCUGGCCAACACCAGCAGCUGCAGAUGAUGUCACUGCAGGGACAGCCCUGUCAGGUGCUCCAUGUGCAGGGUCCAAAUGGUCAGAUUGUGCAGCAAGUGGUACCUUUGAUGCUAGGAUCUGACCAGCUUGGUGGACUUUUAAAUCCCCUGCAGCAGAUGUUUGUCCAAGCACAGAACCCUUUAGUUGGCCAGUUUGUCCAGACAGAGAGUGGCCUGGUUUGGCAGCCCACAGGCAUGUAUGCUGGCAUGGAGAAUAACAUGACAACCUCUCUACAGUUUGCACAGCCUGCUGUUGUGGGCCAGCCAGGUGAGAGCAGCAACCCAGCAGAACUAAAUGGAGCCAUAGAGAGCCACAUAGAGAGCCAGACAGAGGCCAGUGAACCCCUGCAGUCAGCUGGGGUCAAUGGGGAUCCUUUGUGUUCUGUCCCUGGGGUCACCAGCAGCAGCACCCCCCAGCCAGUGGGGAGGAUCCAGAUAGCAGCUGAGGACCCAGAAGAUGAAACAACCCAGCCCCUGUAUGUCAAUGCCAAGCAGUACAACAGAAUAUUAAAGAGGCGAGCUGCCAGGGCUAAACUAGAGAGCACUGGAAAAGUUGUUCGGAAACGUAAGAAGUAUCUUCACGAGUCACGUCACAAACACGCAUGUCAACGAAUACGAGGCACAGGAGGUAGAUUUUUCUCAAUCAAAGUGGAAAAUGAAGCAGAGUUUGGUUUAAAAGAUGAAGCUGACAGUGAGCAUUCACCUCAAAAUUUAGACAAGUCAAGGCAUGAAGAAAACAGCAAUGGACACAUAUCAUAGUGGCAGCCAUAUGAAGAAAGCAGUAAUGGACACAUAUCAUAGUGGCAGCCAUAUGAAGAAAGCAGUAAUGGACACAUAUAGUGGCAGCCAUAUGAAGAAAACAGCAAUGACACAUAUCAUAGGGGCAGCCAUAUGAAGAAAACAGCAAUGACACAUCAUAGUGGCAGCCAUAUGAAGAAAGCAGUAAUGGACACAUAUCAUAGUGGCAGCCAUAUGAAGAAAACAGCAAUUGACACAUAUCAUAGUGGCAGCCAUAUGAAGAAAACAGUAAUGGACACAUCAUAGUGGCAGCCAUAUGAAUCAAUGACAAACUAGGAUUUUUAACUAGCUGUCUAUUGACUGCCUUCUAGAAUUGAAUGGUGGUACCCUGAUCUCAUGGGCUAUGGAUAAUUGUUGUGUCAGCUCCAUGCUGAACAAAGGGAAGCCAAUAAGUGCACCUUGCUACUAGCCAUAAUAGCUGUAUGGAUGAGGCCAUAAUAGCUGUAUGGAUGAGGCCAUAAUAGCUGUAAGAUUGAGGCCAUAAUAGCUGUAAGAUUGAGGCCAUAAUAGCUGUAAGAUUGAGGCCAUAAUAGCUGUAAGAUUGAGGCCAUAAUAGCUGUAAGAUAAAGGCCAUAAUCUUUCCACGUCUUAAGUGAGACAUUAAGAGAAUAGCCUAACAUGCUCUAGGAUUAAUCAGUCAUAUGUCCCAACAAAAGUCGUCAGUCAUAUACCCCGACAGACGUCAUCAGUCAUAUGUCCCGACAGAAGUCAUCAGUCAUAUGCCCUGACAGAAGUCAUCAGUCAUAUGCCCCGACAGAAGUCAUCAGUCAUAUGCCCUGACAAAAGUCGUCAGUCAUAUGCCCUGACAGAAGUCAUCAGUCAUAUGCCCUGACAGAAGUCACAAGUCAUAUGGCCUUACAGAAGUCAUCAGUCAUAUGCCCUGACAAGUCAUCAGUCAUAUGCCCUGACAUAAGUCAUCAGUCAUAUGCCCCGACAGAAGUCAUCAGUCAUAUGCCCUGACAGAAGUCAUCAGUCAUAUGCCAUGACAGAAGUCAUCAGUCAUAUGCCCUGACAGAAGUCACAAGUCAUAUGGCCUUACAGAAGUCAUCAGUUAUAUGCCCUGACAGAAGUCAUCAGUCAUAUGGCCUGACAGAAGUCAUCAGUUAUAUGCCCUGACCAUGGAGUGUCUGUCUGUCUGGUGGUACACCAUGGAGUGUCUGUCUGGUGGUACACCAUGGAGUGUCUGUCUGGUGGUACACCAUGGAGUGUCUGUCUGGUGGUACACCAUGGAGUGUCUGUCUGGUGGUACACCAUGGAGUGUCUGUCUGGUGGUACACCAUGGAGUGUCUGUCUGGUGGUACACCAUGGAGUGUCUGUCUGUCUGGUGGUACACCAUGGAGUGUCUGUCUGGUGGUACACCAUGGAGUGUCUGUCUGUCUGGUGGUACACCAUGGAGUGUCUGUCUGGUGGUACACCAUGGAGUGUCUGUCUGUCUGGUGGUACACCAUGGAGUGUCUGUCUGGUGGUACACCAUGGAGUGUCUGUCUGGUGGUACACCAUGAAGUGUCUGUCUGGUGGUACACCAUGGAGUGUCUGUCUGGUGGUACACCAUGGAGUGUCUGUCUGUCUGGUGGUACACCAUGGAGUGUCUGUCUGUCUGGUGGUACACCAUGGAGUGUCUGUCUGUCUGGUGGUACACCAUGGAGUGUCUGUCUGUCUGGUGGUACACCAUGGAGUGUCUGUCUGUCUGGUGGUACACUAUGGAGUGUCUGUCUGUCUGGUGGUACACCAUGGAGUGUCUGUCUAUCUGGUGGUACACCAUGGAGUGUCUGUCUGUCUGGUGGUACACCAUGGAGUGUCUGUCUGGUGGUACAUCAUGGUGUUGCAUGUUAAUUAUACAUUUGAAUCAAUGGUCAUUAAUGAAAUGAUAUUUGUUGUUGUAUAUACUAAACUAUGUGCAAUAUUUUGUACCAUAAAUGCUAGAGUUAUAUUUAAAUUGAAUCAAAGAUACUCGUUUGAGUGAAAAAUUCAUUGACCCAAAUUGACUUAUUUACAAGUUAUUUAUAGACUUAUUGUCAUGUUUGAGUAUUUAAUUUGUCUAGGUUCA